UCCAACUUGCUGCCAAACAGCAUUUGGCUCCCUCGCACUCUCGAUCCCAGAGAGAAGGUUGUUGAGCAGAUCUGAAGAGAUAUCGGACUUCGAAUUCACCGGAUCGAUGGAAGCGGCGAAGAACUAUACCGGUGGAGAGGACGAAGGGGCGGCGGUUACGGGGCUCCUACCCCUGGCUGGAGCUUCGCAGCAACCUUACGUCUCCGAGCUCCUCUCCUUUACCCUCGAUCGCCUCCACAAGGAACCGGAGCUUCUUCGGGUGGACGCCGAGCGCAUAAGGAGGCAGAUGCAAGAAGUGGCCGUGGGGAAUUACAGGGCAUUUAUUUCAGCUUCUGAUGCUCUCUCUUUCAUAAGGGAUCAACUCACGGGAUUUGACAAGAAUCUUGAGUUGCUGACAACUGAGAUUCCUAAGCUUACAUCUGGUUGCACUGAGUUCAUUGAGUUAGCUCAGCAAAUUUUGGAAGAGAGAAAGCUUAAUGAGACAUUGUUAGCCAACCACAGUACUGUGCUUGACUUGCUUGAAAUUCCCCAGCUAAUGGACACAUGCGUAAGGAAUGGGAAUUAUGACGAGGCUCUUGAUUUGGAAGCUUUUGUUUGCAAGCUAGCAAAAAUGCAUUCCAAUAUACCAGUCAUCCAGGCGCUAGCAGUGGAAGUGAAGCAGACAACACAGUCUCUACUUUCUCAGCUUCUUCAAAGAUUAAGAUCUAAUAUUCAGUUACCUGAAUGUCUUCGUAUUGUGGCACACUUGAGGCGCAUAGGAGUUUUUAGUGAGUCAGAGAUGCGUCUUCAGUUCUUGAGGUGUAGGGAGGCAUGGCUUUCCGGAAUCCUAGAUGAUUUGGACCAGAGGAAUGUUUAUGAGUAUCUGAAAGGAAUGGUUAACUGCCACAGGAUGCACCUAUUUGAUGUUGUUAACCAGUACCGGGCCAUUUUUAGUAAUGAUAAAUCUGGGAAUGAUGAGAGCUAUGAUGGCGGGCUUCUUUUCAGUUGGUCAAUGCAUCAAAUCAGAAAUCACCUGGGCACUCUUGAAGUCAUGCUCCCCAAGAUCAGCGAAGGUGGAUCAUUGUCAAACAUCCUUGAUCAAUGCAUGUAUUGUGCAAUGGGCCUUGGCUUGGUAGGAGUGGAUUUUAGGGGCUUGCUUCCACCACUUUUUGAAGAUGCAGUUAUUAAUUUGUUCUCAAAGAACAUGAGCACAGCUGUUGAGAACUUUCAGGUGGUCUUAGAUUCACAUCGUUGGGUUCCUCUUCCAUCUGUUGGCUUUACAACUAGUGGUGCUACUGAGGAAAACCAGAAUGAUGUGACUCCACCUUCUGUUUUGAUGGAGCAUCCACCUCUUGCAGUGUUUGUUAAUGGAGUUUCGGCCGCCAUGAAUGACUUAAGGCCCUGUGCUCCCCUAAGUCGGAAACAUUUAUUAGCUCAAGAGCUUAUUAAUGGCCUACAAACUGUUUCAAACUCUCUAAUUCACUAUAACGCCGUCAGAGUGCUCCGUGGAAAUGAAUCUUCUCUUUUCCUUUCACUAUGUCAAGCUUUUAUUGAGGUGGCUUAUCCUUACUGUGCAGCUUGUUUCGGUCGCUGUUACCCUGCGGGAGCUGCCCUUAUCAUAGAAAGAAAGAACUUGCUCGAUGGUGUAAGUCAACUACUAACAGUAUCCUCAAAUAGAGGGUUCAAAAAAUCAUCACUUAAUGUUGAAUUGAUCAAUGCAACUGAAAAUGGUAAUGCGAUAAUGGAAGAAAAAUCAGCCAUUGUUGAUGCUGAAGUGCUCAAUAAUUCAAAUGUUGCUCAGAAUGGUACAGAAACUAAGCCUGAAUCCCAAAGCAGUUCUUCUUAGGUUGAGAUAUUGAAGUUCAUAUUGGUAAGCUAUCUCCAAUUGAUGCUUGCUUUGCUAGCUUUCAAUAUAAUUAAUAUUCCUUUGUUAUGCUUAUCUUCUUCUGCUCUACUUUGGAUUGUACAAUAUUUGUUUCAUCUAUUUCAUAACACCUUCUGAAAAUUUUCUUUUGAUUUGUA